AUGUUCAGUCUCUUCGACUACUGUUUAUUUUGUUUGUUUCUGCUGUUAUCAGUGGGCGUGGGUGUUUAUCAUGCAGUUGUCGCUCGAAACUCAAAGUUUGAGCAUUCAGCGACAGAAGAAUACCUGGUUGGUGGUCGGAAUCUGCCCAUUAUACCGGUAUGUUUGUCGUUGUUGACCACCUUCAUCAGUGGAAUUGCAUUGUUGGGAGUGCCGGCCGAGAUUUAUCAACGCGGUAAGUAUGUAGUUCAGAUUGGGCUUGUAGACUUAAGCUUAAAAUUAGGCUUAGACUUAAGUUUAGGUUCAGGUUUAGGUUUAGACUUAAACUCAAAUUUAGGUUUAGGCUUAGAUUUAAACUUAAGAAAGCGAUUAAGCUUAGGCUGACGGAUAGGCGUAGGCUUAGGAUCAGACUAGACCUUGGGUUUAGGCUUAAGCUUUAAAUUUGGCAUAAGAUUAAACUUGGGCUUAGACUCAGGCUUAGGUUGAGGCUUAGGCUUCGGCUUCGGCUUAGGCUUAGGCUUAAGCUUAGGCUUAGGCUGAAGCUUAGGCUUAGACUCAGGCUUAAAUUGAGGCUUAGGCUUAGUUUUAAGAUUAGGCUUAGGCUUAAUCUUAGGCUUAGGCUUAGGCUGAAGCUUAGGCUUAGACUCAGGCUUAAAUUGAGGCUUAGGCUUAGGCUUAGUUUUAAGCUUAGGCUUAGGCUUAAUCUUAGGCUUAGGCUUAGACUUAGGCUUAGGCUUAGGUUUAGGUUUAGGCUUAGGCUUAGGCUUAGGCUUAGGCUUAGGCUUAGGCUUAGGCUUAGGCUUAGGAUUAGUCUUAGGCUUAGGUUUAGGCUUAGGCUUAGGCUUACGCUUAGGAUUAGCUUAGGUUUAAGCUUACUGUCAUUUUUAGACUUAGAUUUAACUUUAGGCUUAGAUAUAGGCAUAGGCUUAAGGACAGGCUUGAGCUCGGGCUUAUGCCCAGAUUCAGAUUCAAGCUCAGUUUUAGGCGUUGGCUUAAGCUUAAGCAGUUCAACUUAGGCUUAUCUUUAGGCUUAGCUUUUAGCUUAGAGUUAGACUUAUAUUUGAAGUUUCGACUUUGGUUUAGGCUUAGUCUGAGGCUUAAGCUUAGCUUAAAUUUAAGCUUAGGGCUUAUGUUUUAAGGUUUUUAUAUCUAAUAUUAGCUUUACAGGUAUGGGCAUGGGAGCCUCUUUACUACUUGGGAAUGGUGCUUUUGUUAUCGUUGGGCUAUUCUUCAUACCUAUGUUCUACAAACUUAAGGUAUUUUUUUAAUUUUAUUGUAGCAUCAUUUUUUAAAAUUCUUUGGUUUACUGUAAUAUUUCGUAAAGUAAAGCAAAAGUGAAUACUUUAGUUUGUCAACAUCUACGAGUACUUUGAGUAUCGAUUUGAUAGUGUAUGGUUGAAAAGGAUUGGCACUUUUAUGUUCAUUUUCAACUGUUUAGUAUACAUGGCUAUAGUAAUAUAUGCACCGGCUAUAGCACUAUCAGGCGUGGCCGAUCUGCCAGUGGAACCUUUUAUUAUGGUAAGCGUUUCGUACUGUGUAUAGGUGGUACUGAAACUUUGUUUUAGUACUAUUUUUUGUUUGUGGUUGUAGCAAUGGUACUGAAACUUUGUUUUAGUACUAUUUUUUGUUUGUGGUUGUAGCAAUGGUACUGAAACUUUGUUUUAGUACUAUUUUUUGUUUGUGGUUGUAACAAUGGUACUGAAAAUUAGUUUUGGUGCUACUUGAGUUUAUGAUACUAUUGAUGACAUUAAAAAUUUGUUUUGGAGCUGUUUUUUGUUUUUGAUACUCAUAAUGGUACUGAACUUAGUUUUGAUGCCAUUUUUUGCUUUUGGUACCAUUAUUAUGUAAUUUUUUUCAGAUUGUAGGCUUAUGUGGAACUCUAUACACAGCGAUCGGUGGUAUUAAGGCUGUCAUAUGGACUGAUACGUUACAGGCAAUAUUCCUUAUCAUUGGUCUUACUACUCUGGUUGUGAAAGGCACUUUCGAUGCUGGUAGGUUACUGUAAUUCAUAAACCAUUUACAGCAGGGUAGAGUGGAAUAGUGUAGGGUAGGGUAGUGGUGUGACUAAAGAAAGCCUAGUGUAAUAAAAAUUUUAAUUUCAGGUGGAUUAGCGAAUGUUCUUCACCGUGCAGAAGAUACUGGUAGAUUAUCCGAAUCUAUACUAAUUUAUGACCCAAACCCAUUACAGGUAUGGUAAAACAAACAAAAACUGACACAAUAUUGAGUUUAUAAGCUUAAAAUUGCAAAAAAGAGUUUAAAUGUUAAAAUGGUACUACUGGUACUUCUGGUACACUUGGUACAACUAUUUUCAAAAAUUUUUAUAGAAAAACGUUCUUGAGCUUUGAGUAGUACAUAAUUUACAUAAAAAUUUUAAAAUGGUACUAAUGGUACUUUUGGUACAGUUGGUACUCUUAUUUUUAUAAACGUUUAAAAUGAGAGUUUUUAAGCUAUGAAUAAGACAUAAUUUAUAUAAACGAUUAGAAAUGGUACUACUGGUGCUUCUGGUACUACUGGUACUAUUAGUGCAAUUUUUUUAGUUUGUUUAUUAAUUUUCCUUUUUUAGUACAAUAACCUGCUGAUAAUGUUCGUAGGCGGCACAAUGCACGCCAUGGGUAUGUUCGGUCUAAACCAAAUGGCAUUGCAACGCUUCUGCUCAUUACCUUCCCUCAAACAUGCUCAAAAAGUCAUGGUAAUGACGAUUCCAGCUCAUCUGGCGGUCGGUUGUAUGAGUAUGUUCCUGGGCAUAUUAACCUUUGCCUACUUCCACGGCUGCGACCCAAUCGCCUCGGGUGAAGCCAAAACGCCUGAUCAACUGUCGAUAUUAUUGGCUAGCCGUGUGUUGGGUUCGAUACCGGGGAUGCCUGGACUAUUUUUGAGCACGUUGUUUAGUGCUACGUUGAGUACGGUGUCUAGUGGGCUGAAUUCGAUCGCUGCUGUGAUUUAUGAGGACUAUAUGAAGAAGGGUGCUGAUGGUACAAGUGGAGUGGCUCAAACCACAGAGUUUACAGCUGUACUUACUAAUGGUACUGUUAAUGGUACUAAUGGUACCAAAAAUGGUUUGGUCAAUUCUACCACUUCUAAAAACGAACAAAACUCAAAAUUUGGUACUAAAAGUACGGUUUUUACUAAUGGUACCACUGGUACCACUAAUGGUACCACUAGUACCAAAGUUAGUUCUGAUAUUCAUUACCAAAAUCAUAACGAUUUGGCCAUUCACAAAAGUAAUGACGACAUUAAUGACUAUGUAAACAGCUUCAACACUACCACUAAGAGCACUAAUGGUACUACAAUAUGCUAUGCUAAAGAUAAUCAAAAUAUGAAGGAUGUUAAUGAAAAAUUACUAAAGAAUGGAGAAAACGGUAAAAAUUUUGUUUAUAGCUUUAAAACAGGUUUUAAAAUAGUGGAAGUUGAGUGGAAGAUUUGUAAUGUAAUUUGCACUGAAAAUCUUCCACUCAACUUUCAUAUUAAAAAAGUCUUAAAAUGGCUUAAAAAUGAGUUUUUGGCACUUUUUAGAGGUGGAAGUUUGAUGGAAGGUUUUUAGUGUAUUUUGCACUGAAAAUCUUCCACUCAACUUUCAUAUUAAAAAAGUCUUAAAAUGGCUUAAAAAUGAGUUUUUGGCGCUUUUUAGAGGUGGAAGUUUGAUGGAAGGUUUUUAGUGUAUUUUGCACUGAAAAUCUUCCACUUGACUUCCACUUUUUUAAAAUGUCAUAUCUUUUGUUAUAGACUAUAAAAUUGUAAAAAUAUUUAAAAAACUGCAAAAACUUUCUUUCCAAUUAUAUUUUCAUAUACUUUUAGAUGCCUCACCUAAAAACAGUACUAGUAAGACCACUGAAUUGAAGACCAAGUUCCUAGUGGUCCUCAUGGGUAUUACAGCUACUUGCCUAGCCUUUUGCUGUAAAUUCCUUGGUGGUAUCUUCUACGUAGUAAUAGCGACAUUAGGUGCUACAUCAGGGCCAAUAGCUGGUGUCUUCCUACUAGGCUUAUUGGUACCGAAAGCCAACAAAAAUGGUGCACUUUUCGGAUUUUUUGUGUCUACAGUAGUAAUGAUCGCGAUUACUGUAAAAAAUAACAUUGAAAAACCAUACAGUAACUAUGUACUGCCCAUGAUUGAUGAAGACAGUACCUGGGGCAGUUGUACUAAUGUGACUAGAGAGAGUAUUAGUACUAUUAGAAGGUAUUACAGUGGAAAGGGCAAAGAGUACCAUUAUGGAGCACCUGGUACUAGUCCAAUGGCUAGGUUGUCUUCUUAUGCUUAUUCUCCGACUGGUAAGUUGAAUUUCAAGCAGAAAUGACUCAAGUUUGGCAUGAAAAGCUAGUUUGAAAAGUGGAAGUUGUGUGAAAGAUUUGCAAUGUAUUUUUCGCUGAAAAUCUUCCACUCAACUUCCAUUUUGAAAAUGGCUUAAAAUGGCUUGAAAACACGUUUUUAAGUGUUUUUAGAAGUGGAAUUUCCGUGGAAGAUUUUCAGUGCAAAAUACAUUACAAAUCUUUCACUCAACUUCCACAUGUUUUAAAACACUAUAGUCUAGUCCAAUUGAUUUAAAAAACGUAUUUUAGGCACAUUUAUGACAAUAAUAAUUGGUGUUUUGGUUAGUUUAAUAUGGAAACAAAAGAUGAAUCCUCAAAAACAGCAGAUUUCAUUUGCUUGUACACUCAAAGGAUUAGAUGUGCCUUUACCUGCUGUACCUACAAGGGAUGGUUCAACGUGA